AUGCCCAAAAAACCCGACGUGACUUUCAAAGACCUGUGGAAUAGUCUUCCACCGGUGACGAGGACAUCCAUGCUUCUAGCAGUUCUCAUUGGUAUAAUCAGCACGCUGAACCCGUUUGUGAGCACGAAGUUUUGGUACACACAUGACUUUUUGGCCCGCGGUCGCUACUGGGCGCCGUUGACCGCUCCGUUCGCAUUCCAGGGCCACGGCAUCCCGUAUCUGCUGUCGCUUGUGAACUUUUACACAAACAUUUCGGCGGCCGAGACAAAAAAGUUCCACAGAACUGCCGAUUUGGUGUUCUAUUUACUAUUUGUUGUGGUUAUUUUUCUGGCCGUCGGACCGUCAAUUGGCUCGUACGCCUACCUCAACGGCGUUGGUGCAGCGCUCUCCUAUACCAUCACACAAGACGACCCCGAGGGGAUGGUGCAGUACUUUGUGUUCCAGACCAAGCGAAAGUACACACCCUGGAUUGGAAUCGUUGUGGCUUUUGUCGCCGCCGGACUGCUGGGAAUUGGAGACCAGGUUGUAGGUAUUGCUGCAGGGCACAUGUUCUUGUUCCUAACCGAACUGUUGCCCCUAGCCGGAGGCCCCAAACUGAGUACACCACAAUGGAUAGCCAACGCAGAGUCAAAGACACGGGCCCGUAUUGAGCUUAGGCGCCGCGGCGGCCAUCGCCUGGGUCGCUAA